AAAAAGGAGCGAAAAAACAACCAGAGAAAGGAGUUCCCAAUUUCGUUCCUUUUUUUCUCUCUCCUUCCCAGUUCGCACCCUGCAACUUCUAAAACCCUAACAGCCAGCUGUGGAUUUCAUCCCCCGAAAAGGCUAUUAAUUGAAAUCUCUAUCUUUAUCUCCACCUCCCGUUCUUUCUUCAACUCAGACUACAUCUUUUUUUCUUGAUCUGUGUGACAGAACGUAUUAUUUAGAGCAAAGCAGAGACGGUUCAGGAAGAGUUUAACGACAAAGCUUGGGUGCAACCCAGAUGCUAUGGGUUUUGGAUAGAGUUGGGUUCAUGGACAUGUCUAAGUUCUGGGAUGAGGAUGCAAUAGUUCAAAGGGUCUUCAUUUGGAUUAUAAUGGUCAAUGCAACAAAAGGGAUCUUCAUCUCAUGUGACAUACCCAUGGCACAAUUCAUCAUCAAUUUGAAUGCCACACAACCUGCUUCAAGUAAGUUCAUAAUACACGUGUUGGACAGCACCCACCUGUUUGUGCAACCCAAUGUGACUGAAAUGAUACGGAGCGCCAUUUCAGAAUUCAGAGAUUUAAAUUCGUAUGAAAAGCCUGCCUGAUCUUUACAUUCUUAUGAUGUGAAGUUGUGAGAAUCUGGUCCUGCAAUUAUAUUGGAAAUAUAUUUACGUUGUUGAAGGCUUUAAGCAUAGUUGAACCUUAUAUCUCCUCUAUACUUGUCUUUUUAUAGAUUAAGAAAUAUAAUUAUAUAAGUGUUAGUGUAACCUUUCCAUAACGCAUCUACUAUUGAACACAAGACAUAGAUUCUACUUAUUUUAUGUCUCUGCAAAAAGUGUGAACUCAAGCUUUAGUAGAAUUUCUGAUCGUUUUGACAGAAAAUAAGAGAAAACAAAAGGUUGAGACUUGA